AAAAGGUAUUUAAUUUAUCAUCUUCGAAGGGGAGAGGGGACAAAAUCCACAGUACUGAUCUUUCAAAUUUUCUACUCCAAACGGAUCUUUUAGGUUUUCCUCGACACUAGCCACCAAAGUUAUCUCCUUUCGUCAUCUCUCUCUCUCUCUCUCUCUGCAGCAAUGAUCUCGCUGAAUCUCUUUCCUUCAUCUUCUUCCCUGAACCCGGGUCUCCUCCGUACGACCCGGGCCCGACAAGACCCGACCCGACAAUCUCCUCUUCUCGCCACCGGCAAUAAACCCGUCAAUGGCGAUUACCCAUUAGGGUUUUCCCCGAUUCCCAAAUUGCGGUUUCGAGGUUUCGCCGCGAAACCCCUGUUUUCAAUCGCGAAUCCGGAAUACUCAUCGGGGUUUUCCAGAAGAUUCAGAUCUAUCGCCGCCGUUCCUCCGCCGGCGGAAUCGGCAGCGGGGUCGUCGGAGCCCAGUCCUGACGGCGAGUACGAGAUAUCGGCGGAGGAGACGGAUGGGAAGACAAAGUCCAAGACUCUUCAGUUGGCGAUCGUGUUCGGUUUCUGGUACUUUCAGAACAUCGUCUUCAACAUCUUCAACAAGAAGGCACUCAACGUUUUCCCUUUCCCAUGGCUUCUGGCUUCGUUUCAGCUUUUCACCGGUUCCGUCUGGAUGCUCGUUUUGUGGUCGCUGAAGCUCUAUCCUUGUCCGAAAAUCUCCAAGUCCUUCAUCAUUGCUCUACUGGGUCCUGCAUUGUUCCACACAAUCGGACACAUCUCAGCUUGUGUUUCAUUCUCAAAGGUGGCCGUGUCCUUCACGCACGUCAUCAAAUCCGCCGAGCCAGUGUUCUCGGUCAUCUUCUCGUCCUUUCUCGGUGAUCCAUACCCAUUAUCAGUCUGGUUAUCGAUUCUCCCGAUUGUUUUUGGUGUCUCUUUAGCUGCAAUUACUGAAGUUUCGUUUAACCUUGGUGGAUUAUGGGGCGCUAUGAUCAGCAAUGUUGGUUUUGUCUUAAGAAACAUUUACUCGAAACGCAGUCUGCAGAACUUCAAAGAGAUCGAUGGACUGAACUUAUACGGUUGGAUCAGUAUAGUUUCAUUGCUCUAUCUAUUUCCAGUGGCGAUAUUCAUUGAAGGGUCACAAUGGGUUCAAGGGUACCACAAGGCCAUUGAAGCUGUCGGAAAACCAGCAACCUUUUACAUGUGGGUGUUGCUGUCAGGAAUCUUCUACCAUUUAUACAACCAGUCGUCGUAUCAGGCCCUCGACCAGAUCAGCCCCUUGACAUUUUCAGUGGGGAACACGAUGAAGAGAGUAGUCGUCAUCGUGUCAUCGGUCUUGGUGUUCAGGAACCCCGUUAGGCCGCUGAAUGCUCUGGGGUCAGCCAUUGCCAUUCUUGGCACGUUCUUGUAUUCUCAGGCAACUGCCAAGAAGGUGAAAACCGGAGGAGGUGACAAGAAGAACUAAGAUCAAGACAAUCUCCGGUCAAGGUUUAAAGCUUCAGGACAAUCACAGAUAGCUUUUAAUUCUUUCUCAGUUUUGCUCUGCUUUGGUCUUUUAGGACUUCAAAGUCUUUUGAUCCUUAAGUUCUUCAAAUAAGCUUUUGAGAAUCGUUGUUCUUAAGACGUGGCUGUUUGAACCGAUUGUUCUUCAUAUAAUCAAUUUUCAUCUGUUUGCUCUGA